UGAUGAAGCUACCGAAUACCGAUUGCUUAUGUUUUCUGUGAGCCAGAAAAUAAGUAGUCUCUAUCUUGAGAGGCCAAGUCACUCCACCCCUUCUUCAACACCAUUCCACCUGGCCACUUUACCACCAUAAACUCACCGGCUUUCUGCCCUUCGUACAAGUGUUCACCUACUUCGGUUCUUUCCAAACAACAACAGAGACCUUUUAACCUUGAAAAUAGCCACCAGUUUCUUACCUGAACUUCUACCCCCUGUAUCUGUAUCUACCCUCAGGAAACCAUAACAAAAGGACCAAUUAUCACCCAUCUCCAAACCAUAAAUACAUGACCAAGCAUAUCGAUCUUGCUUACAGGUUAUAACACAAUUACAUGCAUGAUCGAUAAUGGAUGCUGUAGUAUCAUCAAACUCAAAAAGCUUCUCCACAAAUUCUUUCUUUACUCCUUUAUUCAUCUCCAUAUUGGGAAUCGGCGCCACUGCGUUAGCCAUACUCAUGUAUCAUCUGCUAGUUGUUAGAUACUGCAUGAGAAGGCAAGCUGCAAGAAUGGCGUCGAUACAGACCAUGGCCGGAGGAGCCGAAAUACCCACCGGCGUCGAUGAAAAGACGCUUCUUACAAUCCCGAUAAUCACCUACACGACACCUGAUUCGUCCAUGGAUCCGUAUGAAUGCGCGGUUUGUUUAGGUGAUGUGGAUAGUGGCGAUAAGGUCCGAUUGUUGCCAAAUUGCAAGCAUAUGUUUCAUGUCAAGUGUAUUGACGAAUGGUUCGUGGGUCACACGAGUUGUCCGGUUUGUAGGGUUCCGGUGGUUGCACCAGAUGAUGAGGCUCGUAGUUGCCCCGUUUGUAGAUCGGUGGGAGCGUUAACAGAUGAUCAUCAUAAUACGACGUCGGUGGGUUCUACACCAGAAGGUCAUGAUCAUCAAACCGAUUCUGGGAUCGACGUUUUAGAUGGUGUUAAUGAUGGUGAAUUGACAUCUGGGCCAAGAGUUCGAUCGGGUGAAAUGCUUCGACAUUGUAAUUCCUUGGUUUUGCCAAGAGAAACGAAGGAAAUGUUGUCAGGAAUGGAGUUAAAAAGAUCGUUAUCAAUGGGGCAAACUGCAUGUGUUACCAUUGAUAUACAGCUAGACAAUGUGGACAAAGAUUGUCCGUAUUAUUCUUCAAUUAGGGACCAAUCCAUCAAGGGGUUUCUACGUGUAUCCUCGAAGGUGAGGCAGUCGAUUUCUCGGAUGUGUGUAGGACAAGAGAGUGGCAUUCUUCCAUACUGAAACUUUUCUAUUCUUUUAGGAUUACAAGAAAUGUUUUCAAUGACAUGAGAGAGAUUGUUUUUUAUAAAUAAUCUAAAGAUCUUGGAUCCAAUCUAUAUGUCGCAUCUCCUAGUGGAUUACUAGGGAUGCAUAAAUAAAAAGACGAGAGUUGAUUCAUACUCUCGGAUACGGUUUCUUUAGUUUUCGAGCUUCAGUAAGUUGUUAAUUUCCAUGGGAGGGUUACAGAGGCUUGGGCUCUAGCAAAUAUUUUUGGUACCUUAAACCUUAAUAUCUGACAUUGAAAAGGUCUAACGAGGAUUGCUUCUGAGUUCCCAAAACGAAAGUCAAACAGGAUGCACCAGAUUCAAGAUGGUUAUAGAUCACUUUCGUGUGAUUAUGGCAUAGAUUGAGACCUUUGGUGGCUAUGUGUACAGACCAAGAUAAACCAAUAUCGGAAUGUAUACAUGUCAUCUUUAGGUUGUUUGGUGGAUUACGUGGACAUUGGAUUAAUACUUGAAACUUGUAAGUGCAAACAACAUUGUAACAUUGUCCUUGAAAUGAACACAAUGCGAUUGAAUCAUAUCAAUGUCCGUUCCAAAAA